AUGACUCGUAUCGCUUUCCCAAACCUGGAUCCCACUGAUCCAUUCCACGCAUCGUUCGUGGCUGUUCAAGGAAACGCCGAUCACGGCGUCAAGUUGAAAACCGGCCUCAGCUCAGCUCACCGCCUUCAACGCAGGCUUUCCUCCGAUCUCCGCCCUCUCGCCGCCGCGGAUCUUGCCGGCGACGGUAUCCCCUCUGAAGAAAGACGUCGUACCUCGUCUUCCACUCCCGAUGAAUCUAUUCGCCAAGUCAUGUACCUCAACUGCUGGAGCCAAGGCUAA